AUGCACAGACAAGGGACCACCGCUUCUGCCACAAGCCUCCCCCGGCGUUCAACAUCGGGUCGCUCAACAGCAACAAACAGCCCCACAUCGUACGUUGCAUUGAUGCGAAGGCAGAAGGCAACUGUCUGGUGUGACCGAGCACAGAACAUCGAUCCACGGCUCGCGGCCGCACAAAAAGCCGCCCGCCACCGUGCCGCGCUUGAGGUCCAAGGUGCCACUCAUGGGGCUCGGACAAGCACAAUAUCCUCAGGGGGCGUGGUAGGUAAGAUUCGCCACGGUGGUGUGCCCAAAGCUCCUGGCUACGUACCCGCCAACCUCACAGGGGCUUCUGUGCCCCCGCGAUUAAGCGCAAACGAGGCGUUAGGCGACGAGGAAGAAGAGGAAACACGAAGCAAUAGCAUGGUACACGGCCGGUCAGGGAGUGGAAGGAGUAGUACCAACAGUGCCAAGUAUCGCAGCGGCUACCCUCGACCUGACGCAGGUCGAUUCAGCAGCACGAGUACACCACCGAGUGAAGGGUCACCGGGCCAGGGCAUUCCCGAAGCCUCAGAAACGCCAGAAGACUCAAACAAGCGCGACUACUUCGAAGAUAAAUCAACACCGGGCGGGGAAGAAAGUGAAGACUCAUUCGGCGAGUUCAAGGAUCUUUCGGGGCCCAGUGCCGUGCAGCGUGCUCUUGAACAGGCAAAGAAGGCAGAAGAUUUACGGAGGAGAGGAAGUGUGGACGAACGGACAAUGAGCAUGGGUCAGUCAGGAGUUCGGUUAUUCGUUGCAAACCCCGACCUCGACGAUGACUAG